AUGGACUUUGACAAAGGAAGAGAGCCUACUGAAAAAGAUGGUGAAAUGAUACUGGGAAUGGAGGAUAAAUCUUUGGUCAGUUCCACAUCUACCAGUGGAGAAGUAAGCCACUGGCAUUCAAUUGAUGUGUUCAAGGUGGUGGCCAUUAUGGCCUCUGUUGUAGUGGGCAGACCGGUCCUCCUCGUGAUUCCCUUCUGUCCUCUUCUGAAACGACUGCCCUUUUGUGGACACUACAUCAUCCCUCACACCUACUGUGAACAUAUGGGCAUCGCACGUCUGGCCUGUGCCAGCAUAAGGGUCAACAUCGUCUAUGGUUUAUUCACCAUUGGAGCACUCAUCCUAGACUUAAUCUUUAUCGCACUUUCUUAUGUUCAGAUCCUGCAAGCUGUUUUCCGCCUUCCUUCAAGGGACGCCAGGCACAAAGCACUUAAUACAUGUGUUUCACACGUCUGUGUCAUCUUAGCGUUUUACACUCCAGCAUUCUUCUCCUUCAUGACACACCGGUUUGGUAGAAAUAUUCCUCGUUACAUUCACAUCCUUCUGGCAAAUCUGUAUGUGGUUGUUCCUCCUUGUUUAAAUCCAGUUAUUUAUGGGGUCAGGACAAAGCAAAUUCGGGAAAGAGUCAUGAAAUUAUUUGUAAAGAAAGAGUAA